AUGUUUUCACGAUCGGUAAGUAUCUUUUAUACUGUGUAAAAUCUUCAAUUGUUUUAUUAAAUUGUUAUAUUAAAGUAUAGAAAUUAGUACUAUAUGAUUUGUUAGAUGCUGAAAAAUAUAACAUAUCAGAAUGUACUGAGAACAUUUUCAUCAAAGUCUGAUUAUGCUACAGGGUAUAACUUUGGUUAGUACAACAAAUAGAAUGUAAAAAUAACAUAACUAUAUUUGUAAAAAUAAAAAUAUUUUAUAUGUAAUACUUAUAUGUAAUAUCUACACUUUAGAACUAAAUGAUACUCAAAGAGAAAUACAGGAAUUGGCACGUAAAUUUACAAAAGAAGAAAUUAUUCCAGUAGCUGUCGAAUAUGAUAGAAGUGGAAAAUAUCCAUGGGAUAUUGUAAAAAAAGCAUGGAGUUUGGGUUUACUGAAUAAACAUAUUCCUGAAUAUUGUGGAGGAAUGAAUGUUGGUACUUUUGAAGGUUGUUUAGUUGCAGAAGAAUUUGCUUAUGGUUGCACAGGAAUAGGAACUGCACUGGAAGGAUCAGGAUUAGGCGCAUACUGUGUAACCGAACCUGGAGCUGGGUCGGAUGUGGCAGGCAUUAGAACAAAAGCUGAGAAGAAAGGAAAUGAGUGGAUCAUUAAUGGAACAAAAAUGUGGAUAACAAAUGGAGGUGUUGCUAAUUGGUACGUUGAGUUUAUCAGUUUAUCAGUUUAUCAGUACUUUUUAUUAGCAAGAACAAAUCCUGACCCAAAAGCUCCAGCUAAUAAAGCUUUCACAGCUUUUAUUGUUGAACGCGAGACUGAAGGUGUUACACCUGGCCGAAAAGAAAUAAACAUGGGUCAAAGAGCUUCCGACACUCGAAUGAUAACAUUUGAAGACGUUCGUGUUCCACAAGAAAAUGUUUUAGGCAAGGAAGGCGAAGGAUUUAAAAUCGCUAUGAAAACUUUUGACAAAACUAGACCACUGGCACCUGUCGGUUUAGCUAAAAGAGCUCUUGACGAAGCUACAAAAUAUUCAACGGAACGUAAAACAUUUAAUAAACCAAUAGCAGAACAUCAAGCUAUAGCAUUUAUGCUCGCAGAUAUGUCGAUCGGUGUUGAGACUUCCAGACUUGCUUGGAUGAAAUCAGCUUGGGCUGCCGAUCACAAUCUUCCAACAACUACAGUUCUUGCCAGCAUUGCAAAGUGUUACGCUGGUGAUGUAGCUAACAAAUGUGCAACAAAUGCUGUUCAAGAAAGCACAAAGCAGAAGGAACAUGGCGAUUUUGCAUUUCAUAUUUCGCGCUAAUCUGUGUUAGAUAGCGCUGCAAACGUUAUUCGAAAGCGUUAGUCAAGUGUAUUGUACAAUGAAAAGGGAUUACAUCGCAUUAUGUCCGUCAGGUCAUAGUUUUUACACGGUUAUAUUUGGUGAAGUCGUGCGUGGCGAGUUAUGCAACAUUUGGUGUAAAAGCGCUCCAUAAUAAGGCGUCCAGAUAUUGUGACACCUGACCUACUUAGACGAUUCUCAUCGCCUGCAAAUACCAGAGAACUAGGAAAUCUUUCGGAAAUUGCGUCUUUCCGUGAUACAUUAUUGGAACACAGUGCCGUGAUUAGUAAAACCGAUAAACUGCGUCCAACUUCACAUUCGUAAUUUCACGUUCGAAUCGAAUGCUGUGCCUGUCGAUCGAGAGGACGCGCGGUCAUGGCAUCGAGGAAGAGAGUUGAAAAAGUAAGGUCGAUGUAGAUGUUGCAGAGAAAUGGCAAGAGUCGCCAAAAGGUGGAUGAUUAGAAGCGUGAUUUGGGCGCGCGGCAUCGAUAAAGAACAUCGACGGCUCAGGGCACCGGCACUGAGCACACGGUCCUGGAACUCGUGCUGUCAGAGCGCAACGGUGCGCCGGACGCUCGCUUGACUAAGGGAGUGCCCGUCCCGAUGCAAAGUGUAAGUGAAGUGGCCUACAGACCUACAUUUGUCUAACGUUCGAUUUUUUUCGAGCCGGCGGACAGGAGGUUAAUAAUCCGCGCGGGGCUCAUUUUUCCGCGGGCGUGUGUGAUGUCGCUGUUGUGUAAUAUACUGAUGUUUGGUUGAAAGAGACGGUGUAGUUUCGGUACGCUCAGACGGCGCUGGCCGUCGCGGGGAGCGUAGUAGUAAAAAGAGAGGAGGACAGCAAGAGCGUGCGCACACGGGGAGAAAGAGAGAAGGUGACAGAGAGCGACAUACACAGAGAGAGGAGCGCGAGGAGCAGAGGAGAGAGAGAAAGAGAGAGGGAGGGAU